GAAGAUUUUCAAAAUAUGGAAAUUAAAAUCUACAGACACCAAAGCCAUUCCAUGUUUAACACUGUAUAAAAAACUUUUAGACUCACAUAUAUGGGAUGCUCGUGAACUCUAGCCACUAGCCAGCCAACUUAAUAUAUAUACUACUAUAUAUAUGAUGUUAUAAAAAAACCAACACUUCUUCAGUACUAAUUUUUCUUUCCUGUUUCUUGCAGUUAAUCUACUGUGUUCUGUUAAUUUCUUGGUGCAAGAACAGGAAAAAAUGGCUUCUAAUGGAACAGUGAAAUGUCCGGGGCCGAUGAAGGCAACAUCUAACGGGGUUUUUCAAGGAGAAAAUCCUCUUGAUUAUGCACUUCCUCUGGUCAUCGUUCAGAUUGUUUUUGUUGUUGUUCUUACUCGUUUUCUUGCGUUUCUGCUGAAGCCAUUGCGUCAGCCUCGUGUUAUUGCUGAGAUUAUUGGAGGCAUAUUACUGGGGCCAUCCGCUCUAGGUCGAAACACAGAGUAUCUGCACACGAUUUUCCCAGCGAGAAGCUUGACAGUAUUAGAUACUAUAGCAAAUCUUGGUCUUCUAUUCUUCCUGUUUCUUGUAGGUCUUGAAUUAGACUUGAAGUCGAUUCGUCGAACAGGGAAAAAGGCCUUAUGGAUAGCUCUAUCAGGAAUCAGCGUACCUUUUAUACUAGGAAUUGGAGUUUCAUAUGUUCUUCGUAAAACAAUAACUCCUGGCGUAAAAGCAGCUCCAUUGCUUGUAUUCAUGGGAGUGGCCCUUUCAAUCACGGCUUUUCCUGUCCUGGCUCGUAUUUUAGCAGAACUAAAGCUUCUGACUACAGAUGUGGGUCGAAUGGCAAUGUCAGCAGCUGCAGUAAAUGAUAUAGCCGCAUGGAUUUUGCUUGCUCUUGCCAUUGCUCUCUCUGGAAGUGGUAGCUCUCCGCUUAUAUCUUUAUGGGUACUUCUAGCCGGAGCUGGGUUUGUUGUCGCUUGUGUGCUAAUCGUCCCUCCUGUGUUUAAAUGGAUGGCUGUGCGUUGUCCUGAAGGAGAGCCGGUGAAUGAAAUGUACGUCUGUGCUGCAUUAGCUACUGUUUUGGCUGCAGGGUUUUGUACUGAUGCUAUUGGAAUUCAUGCCUUGUUUGGUGCAUUUGUGGUUGGAAUUCUGAUUCCUAAAGAUGGACCAUUUGCUGGUGCUCUUGUUGAAAAAGUUGAAGAUCUUGUCUCUGGUCUCUUUCUUCCGUUGUACUUCGUGUCUAGCGGAUUGAAGACUGAUGUAACCACAAUUCAAGGAGCUCAAUCAUGGGGUUUACUGGUUUUAGUCAUCGCUACAGCCUGUUUUGGGAAAAUUGUUGGCACUUUAGUUGUCUCUCUCUUAUGCCGAAUCCCUUUUCAGGAAGCCAUAACUCUUGGUUUUCUGAUGAAUACUAAAGGGUUGGUGGAGCUCAUUGUCCUCAACAUCGGAAAAGAUAGAAAGGUUCUGAACGAUCAAACAUUUGCUAUAUGUGUUCUGAUGGCUAUCUUCACAACUUUUAUUACAACACCUAUUGUUGUCGCAAUCUAUAAGCCGGCUAAGCUAGGGACUAGAGCAGAUUAUAAGCAAAGGACUAUCGAGAGAAAAGAUCCAGAUUCUCAGCUUCGCAUUAUGGCUUGUUUCCAUAGUCAAUGGAACAUACCAACAAUGCUCAAUCUCAUCGAGGCAUCGCGUGGAACAGAGAAACGAGAAGGAGUCUGUGUUUAUGCUCUGCACCUUAUGGAGCUUUCAGAGAGACCAUCUGCGAUCCUUAUGGUCCAUAAGGCACGAAAGAACGGACUUCCGUUUUGGAAUAAACUGCAACAAUCUGAUACCAAUCAAGUCGUCGUUGCUUUUGAAGCGAUCAGGCAGCUGAGUCGCGUGCUUAUUCGUCCGAUGACGGCAAUCUCUGCUUUACAUAAUAUGCACGAAGAUAUUUGUGCUUCUGCUGAAAGAAAACGAGUAGCGAUGAUCAUCCUCCCGUUCCAUAAGCAUCAAAGAAUCGAUGGAAGCUUGGAAACGACUCGAAAUGAGUUCCGUUUGGUUAACAAACGGGUUCUUGAUUAUGCUCCGUGCUCUGUUGGAAUCUUAGUUGAUCGUGGACUUGGCGGAGGCGCACAUGUACAGGCAAGCAAUGUUUCUUCCACCGUAACCAUUUUAUUCUUUGGUGGAAGCGACGACCGUGAAGCGCUUGCUUACGGUGCAAGAAUGGCAGAGCACCCUGGAAUUAGCGUAACCAUUGUUUAUCUCAUUGCCGGCACAGAGAUCACAUCUCAGUCAAUUAAAGUUGAUAUAAAUGAUCAUGAAGCUGCAAUUACAUCAGAAACGGCUGAUAAAUUGGUGAUAGUUGGGAUCAAGAAACUACCGGAGGACAGUUCGAUCAAAGUUGAAGAAAGGAUAGUGAAUAGUGCUAUAGAAAUUGUGGAAGUUGUUAAGGAAUUCAGCCGUUGCAAUCUUUUCGUUGUCGGUAGAGUGCCGGAUGGUCCAGCCGCGGUGGCUUUGAUCGGAGCAAGCAGCGGAAGAGCAGAGUGUCCUGAAUUGGGUCCUGUCGGAAACCUCUUGACGUCUCAUGACUUUACCACGUCAGCAUCGGUGUUGGUGGUGCAACGGUAUAAUAGUCAGAAAUCAGUUCAUAUCACUUCAGGUCGCUCCAAAAAAAUUGCCGAGUUGCCCGAAGGCGAAUCUGAAACUGAAAUCGAGUAGAUUGGUAACCGGAUAUUGGAUUUUGGGUGUAUGUAUAUAGUGUAUAUAUCUCUAAAUGCAGAUGACCAUGAAAAGAUUAGUAAGGGUGUCCUUUUGGUUUCAUCUCAAUAAGAGUUCAUCAAUGUACUAGUUUGUUUGCAGUCAUAAGAUUCAAGGUCUUGAGUCUUUACUGUAUACACCACAGGAAGAAAACAAUAAUCAAAUAGAAGAAAGAAAAUGUAAAUUUGGUUUUGUAUUAUUUUCUUUUUACUCAAUUGCAUGUAAUUUACUCCCAAUAAGCAAUAAAUAAAUGGUUACUUUUGAAUUUUUUU